AUGCAGCACCUCUUGACCCUCGAGACCCGCAUCAUUGACCACCAUACAACCGCAACCGGGGGUGUACGUUGGGCGAUCAUGGUGCAGGAUAUCGGCAGGUACUAUCUUGAUGUGCUGCUAAGGCCCGAUCACCCGCACAACCUCAUCGCCUACCCGCAGCCGGCCAUUGACACGCGCACCUUGGACGAGGAUGAAGCUCCGGCGCCAUUCCAUGUCCCACUCUCCAUGCACCGACCAUUUGUCUUCAAGAACAGUCUGACAAGUUUCGUCCCCCUCAUGGCAGAAGACAAACAGGGUUGCGAUCACUUCCUUCAUGGCGCUGGCCGGACGAUUCAGGGGUUUGAUGAUUUCUGUGAGGUGUAUGCCCAGUAUCUGGACCAUCGCGGUGGCGUGCUUCCCUUUCGCUUUGAUCACCACAUUGAUGCGGAGGGGCUUGCUCACGCGCGUCCGGAGGCCUUCUCAAUAUCCCCUACCCCACUGCCCAGCACAUCGCACGUCCGCUUCAAGGUGCCCUGGAUGCCUCGGGCCUCUCGAGGUAAUGGAUCCCGACUCGUCCUACAGCCUACCUUGGUUGUGCCGCGGGAUGCGUUGCCCACGGACCGAGACUUUACUGGGACCACCGCCUGUCAUACCCGCGUUGAUGGUGGUGUCCACUUCGAAGAAGUGCAGCAUCACAAUACACAAAUGACGGCAUGCAGCAUUGGUCCCUGGGGGGCCUGUUACCCCUUGCGUAAGCUUCCAACUUGGUCAGCAUGGCAGUUUGUGCAUGGCGUCAAUGCACUCUCCGACGCUAUUACUGGCCAACGCGACCACCAUGCCCUUAAGGUUAUCAUCAUCAAGAAAAAGGCGUUGUACUGGAAACGAGGUCGAUUCCACCUUCCCGGCAUCUGA